CCCGAGUCAGCCGGUGUUUUUUUUUUGGUGUUUGUUGAUCGAACAAUUGCCAAAUUCGAAUAUCUUUUCACAUUGGAAAAAUGAUAAUCUCCCAUUUGAUCAAUCUUUUAUUAUUGAUAACUGCGAUCUCAGCCAAUCAUGGCAUUGAUGAUGAACAUUUUGAUGAACAGCUCAUCAUACGAUCACUGAAUGAUGGUCAAAUUUCUGCCCAUUUUGAAUUUAAAACCUUUAUCAACGCUAAUCUUUCAUAUCCUUUUGGUGUGGAUGCUGGCAAACAUAAUGAUAUAUUUCCAUUAUCUUUAUUACGAUUAUUUCAUCAGCUUGAAAUUCAGGAAUUGCAUUUCAGUUUGACAAAAGGUUAUUGGAAAUAUGAUCGUUGGGGAUUACCUGCACGUGAUACAUCACCAAAUGCUCAUCUUUGGGCAUGGUUUUCUACUUAUCUUAAUUCGAAAAAUAAUUGGAAUAAAUUGACUAGUCUACUUUCUGGACAAUUCUGUGCCUCGAUCAAUCUAAUCAACCCGACUGUUACCAUACGGCCAAAGAUUUCAUAUCGUCCAUUUUUGAAAUUGAAACCAAUUGAAGAUAAAAACAUUGAACACGAUUAUGGUUAUAUGGCAUCAUUACCACAGGAACCGAUCUGUACGGAAAAUCUAACACCAUUCACUAAAAUGCUUCCAUGUCAACGAAACAAAGGUCUUGCUUCGUUGCUUCAUGCAACAAAUAUUUUUGAUACACAAUUUUAUUCACAAUCAGUGGAUUUCGAAUUUUCCUGUACCGAUAUCAACCGUUGUUCAUCAACCACCGGUAUUGAACUCAAGCAAAAUAUUCUUAUUGUAUUUACUGGACCAUUAGUAUUGGAUGGUAAAUAUAGUUGGACAUUGAAUUCAUUGUUUGGUUCCUCAUUAGAUAGUCAUUGUCCACUUGCAAGUUCAAGUCGAAUUUAUGUUGAUAUUACACCAUUGAAUCGUAAUCCAUCAUCCAAUGGACAACUUCUUAUUGAGCCAUCUCGAUUUAUAAGCAUUAAUUCUGAUCAAUAUGGAUCGAUUGUCCUUGGACAAUCACCUGUAAUGAUAAACGAACAACAACAACGUUUAUUUGUGGAAUAUGAUCUAAAAUCGAUUUUAAAAUCAUCGGAAUCGAAGCCGAAAAAUGGUCUGAACAUUGGAAUACAAUAUCCCGCAUCAUAUAAUGGAAAAUUAAACUAUCCGAUUGAUUAUCAACAUGUACAAGUUCGAAGAUUUUCGCGUGGUGUUGGUGUUCAAACCGGUGGUAUAACAGUUUUGCUUACCAAUCGUUUUCCAUUUGGUAUCGAUGCUAUUUAUGCUGAUACAAUACCAUGGUAUUUAAGAAUGUAUUUGCAUACACUGCGUAUUGAAUCACGACCACUGGAAUCAUCAACAUCAAUGAAAUCUACAAUAAGCAAAGAAAUUCAACCAACAAAAUUACACUAUGAACCAGCACAAGAUCGUAUACGGCCACAUCAACUUGAAGUAAAACUUCAUCUGCCGCCAAAUUCAUUGAUCGAAAUACGUUUUGAAUUUGAUCAUCAAUUUUUACGUUGGACUGAAUUUCCACCUGAUCCAAAUCAUGGUCUUUAUAUAAAUCCAGCAACGGUUACAUUCUUGUUCGAUGAUAAUCAUCAAUCUUCCGAUCCUGGAUAUACUUAUGAACGAUUUUUACCUCGAAUAUUUGAAUCAUAUUUCAAAAAUAAUUCAUUUUCUACUAGUACAAUAGCUAAUCUACAGAAAAAUUAUCCCCUACGUUUAUAUACUGAACCAUUGAUUAUAAUGAUGCCAACCCCAGAUUUUAGCAUGCCCUAUAAUGUUAUAUGUCUUGUAUCAACAGCAUUAUCCAUUGCAUUUGGACCGAUUUAUAAUCUGACCACACGUAAAGUGAUGAUUACAAAAUCACAAGCAGCGGCCAAGAAAAAUCCAAAACGUUUCUUUUUUUUCUAAUUGCGAUAGUCUUUGUUUUUUAAAAAAAUGUAUGAUUUUGUUUAUCAUUUAAAUAAUUUUUUUUCA